AUGGCGGGCAUAGCCAUCUCUGACGUGGUUCGCGGCGCUGAGCUUGCCUGGCAAAUCUAUCAGAUAGGUUGGGGUCAACAAUCGGGCCACCAAUAUGAGGAUUUUGGUAAAGACAUCCGCUGCCUCUCAGAUAACCUGAACAACAUCCGUCGCGUCGUGGAGAACGCCACAGAUACGUGGGCCCGCAACUCCAGAGGAUCCGCUGGAUCCAGGCACUGGGACCUCUCAUCGUUAGACGAGAUCAUCGGUGAUUACCAUGCGACACUCAAAGACUGCAAACAAUUGCUGGAGGAAAAUCGCGAGUUUCGGACGGCGAGGAACUUCGCAUAUAAUAUAGAAUGGACGUUGAUGAUCCAGCCGAAGGUGACACAUCUGCGAAAGCGACUCGACGCUCAUAACUCCAAGAUCGCAAUACUGCUGAAACCUCUGGAGCUCAAUCUGCUAUCCGAGAUACAUCACGAUCUGGCUGCGCGCAUCGAUGCUGUUCAUCAAAGCGUUCUCCAUCUUCAUGGCUUGCUUAUCCCGGAUGUCGUGCAAGCGAUUUCGGACAAAGGUAGCAUUGGCAUGCUACUGCAGAUUCCUCCAGAGAUAGAAAGCCGCUUUCGAACUGCAGCAGGGAAUGCUUAUCUUGACGCUUCCAGCCCGGUCUCCUUCCCUCUUCGAGCUGGAGCCGACGCUUUAGUGACACAUCUCGAGGAAAGCACCAAGAAUUUCAACCCUGGCCGCUUCUUGAAUGAACGCAGUCCUUCGGCAAAACAAUACCUCAACCUCCUCAAAUGUAUUUGGAUAGCGGAACGCCUUGAGGGAAGCGGUGAGCUGGCAGCCGUGACCAAAGACUCCCAGUGGCCUGGAUAUAUCGCGCAAUUGAAGGAAGAGGUAUCAACUCAAUGUCAACGAUUCAACACACAGGGCCCAGAAAGAUUGCUUCUGCCCAAUAUGAACGAGAUCCAGGGCCCUGACGAUUACUCUGUCUGGGUCGACGAGAGUAUUGCGACGCUGAUAUCUCCACACGUGCAAGAGCAGCUUGAAGAGGUCUUGAAGAUUCCCCUUCCUUGUCCACAGGACACUCAACGGCACAUUACUGUGUACAAAAUCGAUUCAACGCGAUAUCGGCUAGUGGAAGCGAUCACAGAGAACCGCGGGCAAGUGGGAAGACCACGCAGCCAGGAAUUCAGCAUGGAGAUCGAUUUGAGAACAUUGAGUCUCACUCCUCUCUACGCCACUCCAAGCUCCCAAUUGAAGGCCCCAGAAGUGCUCAUACACUCUGGAAGUACUCAGACGAACCCGACCUUUCCGAGCACGAAACAUGUAUACCAGCUUCAACAUCUCCUGACAGGCUACAAGGUGUACGAACGUUAUGAUCAAGCCAUGAUCAAGGUUCAGUUUGUAAUAUCUGGACAAUCAGACCCGCUUGAAGAACAUGGACGUAUACAAUUGUGGAUGCCAAAACCAUACCAAUUGUCGUCAAUGAACAACUCUCCAAGCGCAUCAGAGACCCAAAGUAUGGCCAACAACACUGAUGUGUCUCUUCACACAGUCGAUCCGCGUAGCUCAAAACGAGAUAUAAGGAAAGACGACACAAUCAGGCAUUCUUUCCCGACCAAUACCGUUUCUAGUCCCUUGAGUCCAACGUUUAGCAACACCUAUUCCUCACUGUCCGGCCCCAGUCGACGGAGUGUCAAUUCUACACCAUCACCAAGCUCGAUCUACAGCAGACCAACCAACAACCCCACACCAAGCCCAAGCUCGAUCUACAGUAGCUUCAAAUCCAGUAUCUACUCGAAGAACCGAACCGCAAGCAUCAUGACCAGCGCUACGAGUCUAUCCAAACGAACAGCCAGCUCCGUCUCUACAAUCAGCACCGGCAAAGGAAAAGCGCGUCUACACGAGAAACCAACGAAGCCUCUCCUCGUCAUCUUCCUCAAAAGCAAGGACGCCACCGCCAAGCUCGCUCUUGUCGCCAUCGAACUCGACGACAUAACUAGCAUUAUGCAAGAACGCUGCAACUGCCGAACUGCAAAGAGCAAAUGCACCGUCAGCUGCAUCGAGCGUGCAAAAGGCUCGCUACUCGCCCAGCGCUGGAACGCAGACCGCGGGCUCUCGAGCUGGAACGUUGCCGCGUUGGGCAUGGAGCAGAGGACGUCGCCUUCAGAUGCAGACUGGCACAACAUUACACGUAUAUCGCUCAGGUUUCAGAGCAUGGAAGGUCUGUUUGUUGUCCCGUCGUUCAUUGUGUCGUGUCUCGAACGCUGA